AUGACCAUCCCUUCAAAGUCAGAUUCAUCGUUGCCGACAUCUGCUUUUGCCUCGUCCUCUUGUUCUUCUUCGUCUUCUGAAAAGGAAAUACGCAUAUCAAACGUUCAGGACGUACAGUAUCCUUUUUGGAUCCACUUUUUCUCGGGCGGCAUCGCUGGAUCCGUCAGUGCUGUGAUAACGUGCCCACUUGAGCUAGUCAAGACUAGGUUCCAAAGCUCGCAAUAUUACACCGAAAAUGUAAAAUGGAGCUUCCGGAAAAAUCUAUUUCGAGCCACCUUUGGCCACGUGUCUACCACCCUGGGAGCGCUUCGGUAUUUUGCUAUUUUCAUUUCUAGAUUGAUUUAUUUAAACGAGGGCUUUUUCUCCUUGUGGAAAGGCGUUGGCGCCACAUUGGUCGGUGUCAUGCCUUCAAGGGCAAUCUAUUUUUCUUCCUAUCAAACGUGUAAAACUCAUUUUAGUCAAUUUUUCUCCAACGGCAUAGAAAGUGCCCCAAUUCACAUCGUAUCUGCCAUUUCAGCAGGUAUGCAUGUUUCAUUCUCAUUUUCAAUGCUAGGAAUCGUUACCACCACAGCAACAAAUCCAAUUUGGUUGGUUAAAACUAGAAUCCAGCUUCAGUCGACCCCAAAGAUUUAUAAAAAUUCUUUUGAUUGUCUCAGAAAAAUCGUUCGUAACGAGGGUCCGUUGGCGCUGUAUCAAGGAAUGACAGCAUCCUAUUUGGGGUGCGUCGAGGGGGCGAUUCAAUGGGUCCUUUAUGAAAAGCUAAAGGCUUUUUUUAAAGAAAAAUCAAAAGCAUCUUCCGAAAGCGGUUCCGGAAAGGCAGCCUUUUUUGCGGCAGCAAUUUCUAAAGUCGUAGCGUGUUCCCUGACGUAUCCCCAUGAGGUUUUACGAACUCGACUGCGCCAAGGGGUGGUUGGAACGCCAACUCAAAUUAAGGCUCCAUAUAAAGGCUUGGUGUCCACUAUUCGAAGGAUUUACACCGAAGAGGGAAUAGCACCAUUUUAUGGCGGCAUGACUGCCCAUCUCCUUAGAGUCGUUCCCAACGCGGCAAUUAUGUUCCUUUGUUAUGAGCUUCUUGUUAGCUCAAUAUCUUACAAAUAUGGCUGUAAAGAAAAUUUUGCUUCCUCGGAAAAGGAAGAACUAAAGGCAGUAUAA